AUGGACGAGCAAGCGGGGCCCGGCGUCUUCUUCAGCAACAACAAUAACAACAACGCCCUCCUGCUGCCGCCGCCGGCGGGCGGACCGGGGCUAGAGCCGGGCGAGGCGGCGGCAGCGGCGGCCGCGGCGGCGGCAGCAGGAGGAGGCGGCGGAGGAGGAGGGGGAGUCUCAGCCUCCGGAGCCGCCGCGCCGCUCUCGGCGUCCCGGGCUCAAUACAGCGUGCCGGGCAUCCUGCAUUUCCUGCAGCACGAGUGGGGCCGCUUUGAGGCGGAGCGCGCCGAGUGGGAGGCGGAGCGGGCGGAGCUGCAGGCCCAGAUCGCCUUUCUUCAAGGUGAAAGGAAAGGACAGGAAAAUCUGAAGAAGGAUCUAGUGCGAAGAAUCAAAAUGCUGGAAUAUGCACUCAAACAGGAAAGGGCUAAAUACCACAAAUUAAAAUAUGGCACAGAACUGAAUCAGGGAGAUAUGAAGCCACCGAACUAUGAUUCUGAUGAAGGGAAUGAGACAGAGGUUCAGCCACAACAGAACAGUCAGCUAAUAUGGAAACAAGGACGACAGCUGUUAAGACAGUAUCUACAAGAAGUGGGCUACACCGACACGAUAUUGGAUGUGAAAUCAAAACGAGUGCGAGCUUUAUUGGGCCUCUCAAGUGAUGCUUCAGAAAAAGAAAACAGAAAUCAAGAGCCAAUGGUAAAUGGCACAGAGGGGCAGAUUAAAGAAAACGCAAUGAUUGGGAAACCUGAAUUGACUGACUCUGCCUCUCUGCUAGAGACCUUCAAGUUUCUUGAAAAUGCAGCUGCAGACUUUAGUGAUGAGGAAGAUGAAGAAGAUAUUGAAGGAAGAGAGAAAACAAUCAUUGAUACCGCAACAAUUGUAAGGAAAAGAGUCCUGUCUGACAGCAGUGAAGACAGAGAUACAGAAGAAGCUUUGAAAGAGUUUGACUUUUUGGUUACCUCAGAUGAUGGUGAUGGGGAAUCAAGAAGUUCGGGAGAUGGAACAGACUGGGAAAAGGAAGACCAGUGUCUCAUGCCUGAAGCCUGGAAUGUCGACCAGGGAGUUAUAACCAAACUCAAGGAACAAUACAAAAAGGAGCGCAAGGGGAAAAAGGGGGUGAAGAGGCCCAACAGGUCAAAGCUGCAAGAUAUGCUUGCAAACUUGAGAGAUGUUGAUGAUCUCCCUUCGUUACAGCCAUCUGUUGCACCUUCUUCUAGGCCCAGUAGCUCAAGGCUUAUUGAACAUGAGAUAAACAGGACGGAUGAAGUGGAAGCUUUAACAUUCCCUCCAUCCUCAGGGAAAUCUUUCAUUAUGGGAGCAGAUGAAGCCCUUGAAAAUGAGCUGGGUCUUGGAGAACUGGCAGGUCUUACUGUAGCAAACGAGGCAGAUUCGCUGACUUAUGAUAUAGCCAACAAUAAGGAUGCAUUGAGAAAGACUUGGAACCCCAAAUUUACAUUAAGAAGUCACUUUGAUGGAAUAAGAGGUCUCGCUUUUCAUCCGGUUGAACCAGUCUUAAUAACAGCUUCAGAGGACCAUACAUUAAAAAUGUGGAAUUUACAAAAAACAGCCCCAGCAAAAAAGAGUGCUUCUCUUGAUGUAGAGCCAAUAUAUACCUUCCGAGCACAUAAUGGACCAGUGCUCUGUGUGGUGAUGAGCAGUAAUGGAGAACAGUGCUACAGCGGGGGAACGGAUGGCCUCAUCCAUGGCUGGAACACAACCAACCCAAACAUCGACCCCUAUGACUCUUACGAUCCUUCUGUUCUAAGAGGUGCUUUUGUAGGCCAUACAGAUGCAGUGUGGGGUCUGGUUUACAGUGGAGCUCACCAGCGUUUGCUGUCCUGCUCAGCAGACGGCACUAUACGUUUAUGGAAAGCUACAGAAAUUGCUCCAGCUCUCAAUAUAUUUAAUGAUAAUCAAGAAAUGGGAAUCCCUUCAUCAGUAGACCUUGUGAGCAGUGACCCAAGCCUCAUGGUAGCAUCAUUUAACAGUGGGCACACUAGCAUUUUUAACAUGGAGACGCGGCAACGGAUUCUUACCCUGGAGUCCAGUGUGGAUACUACAGUCAGUUCUUCCUGUCAGAUAAACAGAGUCAUCAGCCAUCCAACUCUUCCAAUUAGUAUCACUGCUCAUGAAGACAGACAUAUCAAAUUCUAUGACAACAAUACAGGAAAACUGAUACACUCCAUGGUGGCUCACUUAGAUGCAGUUACAAGUUUAGCUGUUGAUCCGAAUGGCUUGUAUUUGAUGUCUGGCAGCCACGACUGCUCGAUUCGCUUGUGGAAUCUUGAAAGCAAGACCUGCAUUCAAGAAUUUACUGCUCAUCGCAAAAAAUUUGAUGAGUCCAUUCAUGAUGUGGCAUUCCACCCAUCCAAAUGUUAUAUUGCCAGUGCAGGAGCAGAUGCCCUGGCUAAAGUGUUUGUAUGACAGAGUGCUUCCCAUUCAACUUUAGCUUUGUAUAUAUUUAACCAGCUGCACAAAAGAGAAGAGGAGGGCAUGAGUUGUUUUAUCUUGCCCUAUAAUUCAGAGAAUGUUUGUAAGUGUUUAGUUUUGCAGGGUGCUGUUUUCUAAAUUGACAUUUGUUCUGGUUUCUGUGAGCUCAGCUGGUGCUGAGAGCUUGAAAUCUCUCAGUUUCAAAUAGUUAAAAAAAAAAAGCUUUUAUUUAGAGGGUGUGAAUUUUCGUCCAGGCAGGCCUUGGGUGAAACUAGGUCUACAUAUUCCCUAUUAAUAAAAUGGAGUACUGGAAAGAAGGGGUCUAAUUGCAUCAGGGAGUAGGAAAAGAGGGAAACUUCCUAAGAUGCUUCUCAUUGAGGAAUCUUAAUGUACUCAAAUCACCUGGAAAAAGUGAUUCAAAGUCAGUACACAUGCUCAUAUCAUGUGAGAGGCACUUUGUCAUCCCUUUGGUAUGAAUUAAGUAGAUCUUGUUCAGAGAGCAGUAGUGGAUAGUUAAUCUCAGCCACCUGGCUGCUAGCCUAAGAUAAAUGCAAUUAAAGGAAGACAAAUUGCUAACAUAAAUUAAAAUGCAGUAAAGUUUCUGUUGCGUCUUCCAUGUUUCUCAGUAAAUAUUUAGUUUGCAAAAGAAUUUAUAUAAUAUUUUUAAGACUGUAUUAGCGUAUGGCUAGAAACUGAGCCUUUAGUCUAAAUCCCAAUUAACAACAGACUGACACAGUCUGUGUAUACUGUAGUAGCAAAUUUAACUUAUUCAGAUUUUAAUGCUGUUUAUUCUUGGAGAUCUGGCACAAGAAAUUACCACAAGGCUUUCCAAAGAAGCUGUCCUACAACUUUAGCUAUCAAACAUUCAUCUUCUCUUUCUGUUCCUGCUUAAAAAAAAAAGGGUAUCAUUCUGGGCAUUAAGGAUAGCAGUGAAAUACUUUGUUUGAAGAUUAAAUCUGAUGCUUUGUAUGAGUCCUUUUAGUGAAAUAGGUAGGAACUAUACAAAGUUCCAUCAGUUUGAGAGAUUCUGCUACUGCUAGAGUUAUUUCCCAGCUGCACCAUUUGAGGGACUUUUACUUUGUCCACUUUACUGGGUGUAUGUGCCAUUGAUUGGAUUAUAUGAAGAAUGAGCCCUUCUUGUAAUUACUCAACAGAUGUGCUUUGUUUAUCUAUUCAGAGCUUCUCUGUUGAUUUGACAAAUAAUUUCUAAUCCAAUCUGUUAGUCUUUUUAUCCCUUCUUAAAGGAAGGUGAGUGGAUUCUUUUCUGUUAUGUGUCAUCAUCAGAAUUAUUACUAUUCAUAAGCAUGAUUUUCUCUGAUGGGAGUGGAAGCAGAAUUUCUGUUGGAGUUGAUUUCUGGUGCAGAUAUGAGUAGGAAAGAACCCAGUGCAACUCUUCAUAUACUAGCCUGAGGUUAAGACUGGAAACUGAUACAUAAAUCUUUACCUUUAAACUGACACUUCAUAAGCAGGAGUCAUUGAAAGAUAUCAACAUAAGGUUUGACUAUGUUGUUUUUAGAGUGCCAUUUGGGGAUGGGACCACAUUUGAAGUCAAUCUCAGAGUUUAAACCAAGUAUAUUGUUUAGAAUAAAAAGGUGACCUGUGCUGUUUGAGCCUGCAACACAUAUGUACUGCUAAAAUAUCCUGGAAUACCUUUUAUUGCUCAGAAUAUUCACAUAUGUCACUUCACUAUAUUGAUAUGCAAUAUAUUUCCUUAGAUAUGAUUAGAGCUUUUACCAUGAAACAGACGACUACAAUAAUAAUACAGAUUAUUUAGUUUUUAUAAAAUGUUUUGGUUAUGAUGAAAAGGAGGAAACUUGGCUGCAAAACUGAGCAUUCAACUUUGUGAGAGUUCUGUGUACUUGACUCAUAUUCUUUCAGUGUCAUUAUUUUAUUUCUUUUUGAAGAUAAAAUUGCAAAGAUUUAUUUGAAAAAAUCUAAAAGUUAUGUAUAUUAUAUAUGUGUAUAUAUAUUGUAAACAUGUAUUAAAUGUGUCUAGUAAGGGAAGA